AUGGAUUUCACGCCCAGCCUUCCUAUUCCAAUUUCCUUCAUAUCCGGUAGCUACUUUCUUUUCUCAAUUGACGAUGUCACGUAUCUGAGACGCGAACACCACAUUUGUGGGGUCUUGAUCGGAACUCUGCCACAAAUCCCUCAGCAGAAUGUCUUUCUGGGCCUCCCGCUCCAGCUGAUGCCCGAAGAGGCCCGGUUGUUGGUUGAGAAAGGUGUAGCUUACAUCGUAGACGAAGCCAAGGCUCAGCGCGAUGGCAUGAAAGCCCUCAUGGAGGCAGACCGCCAGCGUUACCUCCAGGACUUAGAAUCUCAAGGCCUCCAAGCUUCGCGACUCCAAGCAACCCGCAGGGAACAACAGCGAGAAGAGGUUCUGAAGAAAAUGGAGAAAAAGAAGGCCACCAAAGUGAAGAAGGACUCCGAGCAGAAACAGCAGCCCGUCCCAGCUCACACUGAUGAUGCUCCUUCUGACUUGGAGAUGUUUGCAAGCAGUCCACAGCCAGCAGCAACACCUAGCGGAGAAGGACAGUCCUCACAGGCAUCCGUCCCUCCAUCGUAUCCGUUGUUCACGCAUCUCCACUCGCAAGGCUAUUACUUGUCGCCCGGUCUCCGGUUCGGCUGCCAGUACCUUGCAUACCCGGGCGACCCAUUGCGCUUUCAUUCGCAUUUCCUCGUCGCCUCUGCUGAGUGGGACGAAGAGAUCAAGCUGAUGGACGUGGUUUCCGGAGGCCGGUUGGGGACCGGCGUGAAAAAAGGCUUCUUGCUUGGCGGGGUAGAAAAGAAUGCUGAAAAGUCUCAGGCUGAGGGCCAGGAUACGAUCCGAACUUUUAGUAUUGAGUGGGCAGGAAUGUGA